UCAUAUUCGUCACGUAAGAGUCGGGCGUCUGCCUGGAUCUCGCGUAUAAAAACAAAACAGUGCGCCACAGUUAGGCAUUAGUUACCUUCGCAACGAUCAACUAACCAACUCAGUUCCAAAAUGAUGAAGUUCAUGUGCCUGUGCUUCUGCGCCAUUGCCUCCGUUUCGGCGAGUGCCUAUGGACGUCCCCGUGGUGGAUACGGUGGUGCCCCGGUGGGUGGCUAUGCCUACCAGGUGCAGCCCGCUUGGACCGUGAAGGCUGUCAUUCCCUCGUACGGCGGUGGAUACGGUCCGCAGCCAGCGUAUGCUGCUCCCCCGAGGUACGAGGCGGCUCCUCUGGCCUCGGCCUACAGCGGUGCCAACGUGGGUGCUGAUCUGAUCCCCGCCGCUGGCUACGGUGGUGCCCCGCCCGUCGAUCGCCAGGCCAUUGCCCUGGCCAAGCUCGCCCUGGCCGCUCCCAAUCCCGGUCCCCCACUGGUCUGGAACGAGCCUCCCCGCCACGUCCAGCCCGUCUACCCGCCAAUCAGCGUUGGACCCCAGGAGUACGGACCCGUCGAGAAGGUCAGGGGUGGCUCUGCCGCUGCUGCCGCCAGUUCCGUUGCCGCCGGAAAGAAGGCUGCCCAGAAGCCCCGCUACUAAGCGGAAAAAACCAUGAACAGUGAAUCAGAACUUAGCUAUCAAUAAGGAACUAGGCCAUAAUAAAUGCAAAACACCGAAACAAAACCACUUAA